CCUGCGUUCAGUUUUCCAGGUCCACUUUGAACAAAGUACCAGUCAACAUCUACAGUCAUGGAGACUUCACUUACCAUCUUCCUUCUUACCAUCUUUAUUGUCAAAGGAUUAUCUCUGGAAUGUGAAGAAUGCACUGGAAUAGGUGAUUGCUCUGGGAACAUGCGUGCAUGUGCUCUUGGGAAAGACAGAUGCAGCAUUACUUAUUUGCACAUCCCAUUAGGAGUAUCACAGAUUAUAAAGACUUGUGUCCCAUCCAUUGUCUGUGACAAAGGCAUUCAAGUAAUUAAUCUGGGCCAGACAGGAACAGUGGUUGCCCAGCUGACAUGCUGUGAAGGAGAUGAAUGUAGAAAGAUUGUUCCUCCAGCAUUGCCUGAAAAGACUGCACCAAAUGGGAAGCAGUGCCCAGCAUGCUUUUCACUGCAAAAAGGAUGCUAUGAAGAAGUUGCUUAUUGCAAUGGAGAUGAGCUGUAUUGUGCUGAAGGAUUUCUGGAGUCAAGAAUUGAGAGAUUUCCUUUGGAGUUCAGCCUGAAGGGAUGUGCAAAUAAAGCCGUCUGUGAUUAUUUGUUUGGAUACGAAACCAUGAUUACGGAGGACAGUACAAAUCACUCUAUCCAAUGCACACCAGCCUCUUCAGAAAUUUACCAACAGGAAUCCUCAACUGUCAGCCAAUGGGAUUCCUUGACUCUAAUUCAAAUUACCUCUAGGGCAGUUAGUAUCAUCCCCAGAUGGCUUGGACUCUUCAUCCCAACUCUUUCUGGCAUCCUUCUUGGGAAACUCCUUUGGAUUAUUUGGUUUAUAGACAAGAAGCCCCUCUGGCUUUGCUAUGUUGAUGGAACAUCCCCAUCUCAUGCAGGAAAUUCUUUGCAGUGUGAGACAUGUGAAGGCUGGGGGAACAGUUGCAAUGGAACUCUGCAGACUUGCCCAGCUAAUAUGAAUAAAUGUGGCAUUUUUCUGCUGAAGAAUACAAUAGGAAUUAAGAUCAUGGCCAUUAAGAAGACUUGUGUUCCAUCUGAUCCCUGCAGUGAAGAUACUGGUGUUAUUAAUAUGGGCAAAGUAGGAAUGAUUGUCAGCCAUCUUUUUUGCUGUCUGGGAAAUGAAUGCAAGAAGAUCAAUCCCAUUCUCCCAUCCAUAGAUAUGAAGCCUAAUGGGAAUACCUGCCCAGGUUGUUAUACUCUGCAAGGGAAUGACUGUGGGAAUGAAAUAGUCCAAUGUACAGGAAAACAGGAUCAUUGUUUUGCUAUCACUGGGAAGACAAACUUAGGAGAAACCAUUUUGACAAUAACCUUGAAGGGCUGUGCCAACAAGCACUUGUGUGCUGAAUUGCGGGAUCACUCAGCUGGUUUUGGUGGGAUGAACAUUGUAACGUCUUCCACCUGCCAACCAGCAAAAAGCAAACUAGCUAAAAGCAAAGCCAUGAUGCACAUCUCCUGGAUAGCAAGGAUCAUUUCAGGGCAGUGUGGCCGCCUCUUCCAAGCCCUCACUGUGUGGCUGCUGAUGUUUCUGUUUCUGUGAUCUCACCCACCCAAGAAGUAUACAUAUAUCAUCAAGAUUCCAGAUUCCACAGUUUAGCCAAGCCUGGCUUGCUUGCUGGCGGUCUCCUGAUCAUACACAGCAGGGAUACAAACCUUUUCCAGAAAAAGAGCCACCUUUGGAUUUUGAGUGGCAUGCUUGAGCCCAUUUCCAAAAAAAGAAGAAGAGGGGGGGCAUGAUAGAACUAAAUUUGUUUCAAUGGUAUUCACUGAAUUAAAAUGAAAUAUGGUGGAGCUGGGCCUUUCUUUCCAUUUGAUUCUGAAAACAACACUUUAGAGCACAUGAGUUGGUGGACACAGCACCUCUCUGCAGCUCUGCAACAAGGCGUAUCUUGUCUCAGAGUCCCCUGGCUUUUCGUCUUCCUUUUAGCAAUGUGUGCACACAUGGAGUGUGUGUGUUGCCUUGCAGUUAAUCUUCAUCAAAGCAAACCACUCCUUUGAAGCUUUUGUGAGGACCAAAGUAGUAAGACUCGAAACUCUCAUUCUCAGCUCUCGAACCAAAAAUACUGCUACCAAAACAUAGCAUAUAAAAUAAAAAUAAGUAACAUUUUUUGAAUCAUUAUUGGGACACAGGAAGAAUCUGAGUCACUCUCAGAUUGCUGUGGAAAAGGACAGACUUUAAGCCACUAGAGAUUUUUCUGAUAGAGGCUACAUGGCAGCAGACUUCUUCCAAUGUCAGGGAUGGCCUCUGAGAUCCCGCCCAAAUUUCUGAUUUCCUGAGCAAGUAAAAUAAACAUAUAAUCAAGAUGAAAAAGAAGCAUUCAGUACAUUUUCUCAGCAAUGUAACAAGAUUUGCUGAACAUCUGAACAUAUUUAGUUCCAAGGCUUAUCAGAUAAAAUGAGGUAGACCACUCAGCCAUUGAAGAGGUGGGACAAUAAAGGAUUGUAAGAUAUAAAGAAUAAGCAUGUGCACUGUUACUUGAUUUUCCUUUGAUGAAACCUUCAAAGUUCUCCCCUUGAGGCAUUCCUUUCAACCAGGUGCUUUACCUGGUCAAACAAGGACUCCGCACAUGGGUUCUGCAUCCUCAGAAACCACACCAGGUCCAGUAGUGAAGAAAGAAAUGUCAAAAGAGACUUUCUUGAAGCACUGUUAUAACUGGAACAGGCCAAGUGAAGCAAGGGGUUGCUUCCUUUGUUCCUUUGUCACAGCAAAGCACCACCUUGAGAGUUUCUUCAGGAAGAAGACAAGAUUCCAAAAAUCUUGCCAAGAAAACUACAGGGACUUGUCCAAGCAAUCACCAAGAGUCAGGACUGACCUGAAGGCACCAAAACCAACCAACCAACCACACUAAUAUAUUUUAAUCCAUUAGUUUUCCUGCCAUGGAUGAAAAGGAUUGAUUCACCUUAUCAAUUCAAAUACUGUGGAACAUGUUGGAUGGUUCCCACUUAUGGGCAGACUGGCACCCCCAAAGGCUCUACUUAAGGAGGAAGGCAAGAUGGCAUCUCUUGCCAUUCAUGGUCUAGGAGAUGACCCAACUGGCAAAUGACCCAUGCAUCAGCAGAAAGUAGGAUGCUUUCAGUAAAGUCCUUGAGGGAUGCAGAGCAGUUGAAGGUUAUCUGGCACACACAACUGUUCUGCAAUGUGUUGUUUCUUAUUGUGAGGCCAGCCAGUUUUUACAGAGAAUACACAUUCCUUCUUCUCAAGCAGAAUUAACUUUGGGAGGGACAGUGUCAUGGAAAUGUUUUUUUGUUUUGUUUUUUAAUUAGAGGCAGAACUCUGAAGAAGUGAAGAAAGAAUGUUUGAUGUGCCUGAGCUGGGCUUAUAUCCCCUAAACCUCUGACAAAUGGCCAGAGGUCAGGGGAGAUCUAAAUAAAAGAAGCUAGGUAUUUUGUUUUGAGAUUCAGGUUAUCUUUAUAAAAGUGGUAAAUGUUUAGGCAGAUUGAUUGAUUAUGUGCCAUCAGGUCAUUUUUAAAUCCUAGCGACCACAUCUAUCUCAUCCUCCAUGAUGCUCUGUCCCCAUCCUGGUCUUUCAGGUCUUCCAACGGGACACUCAUUGCUCCUGCAAAUGUAUCUGUCCACCUUGCUGCUGGUCAUCCCCUUCUUCUCUAGCCUUCCACCUUUCCCAGCAUUAGAGCCUUUGCCAGAGAGCUGGGUCUGCUCAUAAUGUGUCUGAAGUAGGAUAAUUUGAGCCUGGUCAUUUCUGCCUCAAGUGAGAACUCUGGGUUGAUUUGUUCAAUGAUCUUUUUGUUUGUUUUCUUGACUGUCCAUGGUAUUCUCAGGAAUCGUCUCCAACUCCAAAUUUCAAAGGUCUCAAUACUCUUCCUAACUUGCUUCUUGCUAUCUUGUUUCGGCAGAAGCUGCAUUACAUUUUGAUUUCUUUUGAUUGGGUGCUUCAGUCCAAUAUUCUUUAUAUUUCUUUACAAGCUCAGUGACUGUAUACACUUUAGUCUGUUACGCUUACAACAGGUUGUGUGAAUUUUUCUGCAAGGAAUUAUUUGGUUUUGUAAUACUGGGAGCCUGGAGGAAUUGUAACAGAUCAGUAGCUGUUGUGUAUUGUCAGUCGGACAGCUCUGUAUUCUAGAUUCUCUAACACUGCAUGUUUACAAUUUUAAGACUUUUAAAAAUGCAAAGAGAGAGAGAGAGAGACUCUUUUGUUAAAAAAAAAAUAAAGCUUGCUUUUCCUUUU